UCUGUGAUUGAAAUUGGCAUCAUCAGAAUUUCAUAACUGGACUUUUCUGACUUGUGCUGGAGAUUAUUUUUGAUUCGUUAUGGUGGAAAAGGAUGGUUGCAAUUCUUGUCUGACAGCCAUCAGGGUUCUGCGAGUGUCCCUCGUGGAUGAGCUUGAAGGACGGAUUGACUCCCUGACAGAGAUUUUAGUAAGUCGGGAAGUGUUCACUCGUGAUGACCGUGAGGAUGUGUUGUGUCAGUUGGGGCCCCGAGCAAGAGUAAGAAAGGUGUUGGAUAUCCUGCAGUGUAAAGGGGAGGAAGCAGCCAAGAUUUUUCUCUCCAUCAGCAGCCAUCAUCAGCAAGAGACACAGGCACAAUCCAAAGAGGUCAACACAGAACAGCCUCAGUCCUCAGACUAUAAAAAAGUCAGACAAAAGCAUAAAGACGUCCUCAGGCGCAGAAGUGAGACCAUGCUUUUCUACAACACUCGACACGGAGAGAAAAUCCUCUUUUCUGAACAUUAUGUCAAUCUCCUGUUAGUCGACGGACACCAGGGCUUGGAGAUAAAAAGACACGAGGUCCUGACAUUUGGACAAAAGCGACUGUCUUUGCAGCAGAAGUCGACCAUACAUAGGAAAACUACACCAUCCGAACUCUUUUCAAGCACAAAUGGAAAACAUCCAGUUAAGAAAGUUCUGGUCACUGGGGUGGCUGGUAUUGGAAAAACCAUCAUGGUGCAGAAGAUGCUGUUUGAUUUUGGUGGAAACAAGGACCAUCUUGCAUUUGACUUUAUCAUCCACAUGACCUUCAGAGACCUGAAUCUUAUCAACAAACCCACAAACUUCCGGGAGUUGGUCUUGCGAAAGAACAAGCACCUUGCUAAGGAACUGGAUAACAUUUUAGCGAAUGACAGCAAACUGCUGAUCAUCUUGGACGGUUUUGAUGAGUUCAUACACUACAGGAGCUGUGAUGUAGACAUUUUUGUGACCGAACCAGAUGAAGAUGCAGAGGUGGUGGAGAUCUUAGGAAGUCUGAUGCAGGGUGAACUGCUGCCCAACGCUUCUGUCAUGCUCACAAGUCGACCGACAGCUAUCAACCACAUCCCUGUGGGCUGCAUCGACCGCUUCGUGCUCAUCGCUGGGUUCUCCUUGACUGAAGUUCAGGACUUCUUCUUGCGUUAUUUCCAAGACAGUGUCCUUGCUGACCAGAUGUUUGCCAUUGUAUCAGCAAAUGAACUGAUGCUAACACUGUGCUACAUACCUGCAUUUUGCUACAUUGUGUGCUGUAUCCUCAAAGAGAGCAAAGAUCUCCGUGGUGAAAGCCCCAAGACCAUGACAGACAUUUAUGUGCAGUACUUGGUGGCUUUGAUUCGCUCUCACACUCAGUCAAGAGUCGAAACAUUUCUUCAAGAGCAAAGAGCAGGGGGCGUACAGCCGCUGUCUGACAUAGUGCUGAAGCUGGGUCGACUUGCCUUCAGGAAGUUGAUGGAGCAUCAAACAUUAUUCUACAGCAGCGACAAAGAUGUUGCAGCAUUAGAGGGCUGCAGCCUUGUUAGUACCUUCCUUGACAAGACAGUAGCACAAGAGCCGGGCUGCACGGAAGAGGUUUACUCCUUUGCGCACCUUACUGUUCAAGAGUUCCUUGCUGCAGUUUAUUGUGCAGUGACCGAUCACCCUUUACCUGAUUCACUGCAGCAAGCUGCAAGUCCUGGAGAGGGGACAAACAGUGGACAUUUGGACCUUUUCAACCGCUUCCUGUCCGGAGUCCUCUCUGAACGCAAUGCUAGUCUUUUGUCAAGGCAGCUGGGGCUGUGUUACCACAAAGAAAAAGUGGACACUCACUGUCAAAGACUCAUCAGAGAAGUUACAAUGCUCUGUGACAACGGGGCUCAUAUCCUGAAUCAUUUGCACUGCCUGUUUGAGCAACAGGACCCCUCAUUAGCCCUUGCUGUGCAACCAAAGAUGCUCAGAGUUAAUGUUAGUGAUGAAACACUAUCCCAAAUGGAUUACAAUGCUAUCAAGUACUUCCUAAACUUCACAAAGGGCAAAAUAUCAGAGCUGGAUCUGACAGGGACUGGAGUAAGCUGUGAGGCACUAAGAGAUAUUCAACACCUGCUGCUUAGAUGUGAGAGUCUUUGGCUUGGAGAAAACAACCUCAAUAUGGACACAGUUCAGGUCAUUGCUGAUGUGCUGCAAGAGUCAGAUAGUAUAACUCACCUAGGAAUUGGAUGGUCAAACCUUGGUGAUGAUGAACUGCUGGCUCUUUCUAAUGCCAUACGGAUUAAAAAAAAGCUUCAAGAAUUGUGGAUGGAGGGAAACCGAGUGAGCUCCAGAGGUCUGCUCUCACUCUGUGACUUGACCCCAGAUCCUCUGAAAAAAGUUGUCGCCAUUUGGAAUGACUUGACUGACACAGAACCAGAGUCUUGGUGCUCCAAAGAAAGCAUUACUGUGAACUUCACAGAUGAUGAAAUGUGGGAGGCGUGGGGGCAAUGGGUCUUCAAGCGGUGUGAGGUCAGCAGCAACGAGAAGCUAGUGAUGGUACUCCAUAAAGUGUGCAACGUAUCAGCCCACUGCUUAGAAGCCCAGUGGGCGAAGACCUUCUACAAGCAACUAUCACAGCUCAUCAAGCACAGGAUUGAGUCCUGCACUGAAGAGGAUGUAUGCAAGAAGCUCCAAAAGUUUGAGAGUAUUUUGAAUCUCUGACAUGCAGAAGUCUACACUCACCUAAAGUUGUAAGCUUAUAAACAGAGUUUAAGUGCACAGUUAAUUUGCAUCCAGACAAGAUUUGUUUUUCUUUUCAAGGGAAGGGGGUGUGCAUCAGUCAUGAAGAGGAUUUGUUCUGCAUUAGCCAGCUCUAACAGUUGCUGAACAAAAGCACGACUACACAAGACAGUAUAUCAGCUGUAAGUCUGGAAAAGGGGGUCGUAAAAAGCUAUUACUGGCCCGUACGGGGAUCGAACCCGCGACCUUGGCGUUAUUAGCACCACGCUCUAACCAACUGAGCUAACCGGCCAUGUGAUUUUUUUCACUACUAACACUAAAAAUAGUGUAAUCUCUUUCAGAGCACUUUUCAAAUUGUUUUCUUUCAGUUCCUACCCCCAUCGUAAAAAAGAUGCACAGUUAAAAAAGAUUAAAUACACCUCAGAAUACGUUCGCCAAACGUUACUGGAAAAGGGCCAAUGAAUCUACUAAGUCGAGCUUAGCCCGGAUGAGGUGUUCUUUCUCUUCCAACUAAAAGCACAAAUCAUGUCACAUGCAAGUUAAACGUAGUUUAACAUAAAAAAGUUCUUUUUUUUUAUGUUAAACUACAGAAACGGUGAAUUAAAUACUACACUAGCUACAUCGGCUAUUUUAUUUAUUGAGUUUUCUUUUGGUAUUGAUGUGUUUUCUUUUUGUUUUUGUUUAGAAUGCUAGUGAAUCUAUUUUCUGUGAAGAGCUUUGUAUUCUGUUGUUUUAUUUGUAACCAACCAGUUUUAUUAAAUGUUAUUGUUGUAUUGUUAUGGAUAUUGGAACUUGAGAACAAUUGUGAAUAAACAGCUGAA